UCCAGAUGGUGUUUUUUGGCUACAUGGUGUCCAGCAUCCUCUUUGGCCUCCUGGCUGACAGAUAUGGCCGCUGGAAGAUUUUGCUCAUCUCGUUCCUGUGGGGAGCCUACUUCUCCUUGCUGACCUCUUUCUCUCCCUCGUACAUCUGGUUUGUCUUUCUGCGGACCAUGGUGGGCUGCGGAGUGUCUGGCCACGCCCAAGGGUUAAUCAUAAAGACUGAAUUUUUGCCCACUAAAUACCGAGGCUACAUGCUCCCCUUGUCUCAGGUUUUCUGGCUGGCUGGCUCCCUGCUCAUCAUCGGCCUGGCCUCUGUGGUCAUCCCCACCAUCGGGUGGCGCUGGCUCAUCCGGAUAGCCUCCAUCCCUGGCAUCAUCCUCAUCAUGGCCUUCAAGUUUAUUCCUGAAUCGGCUCGGUUCAAUGUCUCCACCGGGAACACCCAGGCUGCCCUGGCCACCCUAGAGCGCAUUGCCAGGAUGAACCGCUCCGUCAUGCCGGAGGGGAGGCUGGUGGAGCCCAUUCUGGAAAAAAGAGGAAGAUUUGCAGACCUACUGGACGCUAAGUACCUACGGACCACAUUACAGAUCUGGGUCAUAUGGCUGGGAAUCUCUUUUGCCUAUUACGGGGUUAUCCUGGCCAGUGCCGAGCUGCUGGAGCGGGACCUGGUCUGUGGUUCAAAGUCAGAGUCACAGGUGGUGGUGGUGACUGGGGGGGACUCACAGGAGAGUCACAGUCCCUGCCACUGCCACCUGUUUGCCCCGUCUGACUACCGGACAAUGAUCAUCAGCACCAUCGGGGAAAUUGCUUUGAAUCCUUUAAAUAUCCUGGGCAUCAACUUCCUGGGGAGACGGUUGAGCCUUGCUAUCACCAUGGGGUGCACGGCUUUGUUUUUCCUCCUCCUCAAUAUUUGUACUUCAAGUGCCGGCCUUAUUGGCUUCCUCUUCAUGCUCAGGGCCCUGGUGGCGGCCAACUUCAACACCAUCUACAUUUACACUGCGGAGGUCUACCCCACCACGAUGCGCGCUCUGGGAAUGGGGACCAGCGGCUCCCUGUGUCGCAUUGGUGCGAUGGUGGCACCGUUUAUCUCCCAGGUUCUUAUGAGUGCAUCAUUCUUGGGAGCCCUGUGUCUCUUCUCAUCUGUCUGUGUUGUAUGUGCCAUUUCUGCAUUCACUCUUCCCAUUGAGACCAAGGGACGAGCCCUGCAGCAAAUUAAAUGAGACCUGCAAAUCUACAUCUACCAGAGGAGCACAGUGUAUUUUAUCUUCACAGAUCUGUGGCACAUUUCUUAAAAACUUGGUUUAAUUUCUGUAUGCUAGUCAAUAAUGAACUGAUUAUGUAUCUAAGAACAUAAGGCACCCAUGGGAAUACAGCUGGCAACUGUAUACUCAUCUCCUCCUUGGGAGACAAUAUAUAAAACUUUUACAAAAUAUACCUAAGAUUGGAAAGUAUAUGAAUGGGAGAGGUUAAAGAUGUCUUUUCUUCCCUGAUAUCAAGAAUACAAAAUCUUAGAACACAUACUUGGUAUUUUCCCAUACAGGUUAUAGCUAAAGUUGGACAAAAUCUUGUACUUAGGACAAGAACUGGGCUGAUAUCAUUAAAUCUUUCAAAACCACUAGAAUAGUCAUUAAGUUCAAAUUAAUAUUAGCAUCAAUUAUGGCCUUCCUAGUCUAUUCACAAAUUAUGCUUAAAUUAGUGGCUUGUAUACAAUUACAUGCCAUCCCUAUUUCUACUCAUUUAUUUUAAUGGGGAGAAUCUUUGAUUCUCAUAAUGAUAAUAAAAAUGAAAGUAUAUAGCCAGUUUUCUGACAUAUAAUCAAUCACUCACCUGCUUGUGGAGAGACUGAUACACACGAGACAUCAUAGUUUUGAAGCCAGAAUUAAAAACAGGUAGUCAGUAUAGAUACAUAAAUUGGGCCAAGUUGAGAAAAACAGCAAACCGGUUUGGGUCCAAAAGGUUGAAGACUCCGCUGUGGGAGAUUGAAAUGUUAAGUGUCCCGAAUACCUGCCCAAUACUGCCUUCCUAAAGAAUUGUUAACAAAGCAACCCCUGAGCAGAAGGGAGCUGCUAAUUAAUUCACCUGGGCCCCCCUUCCUGCCCAGAUCACUUCUCCCUGGCCCCUUCAGCCCACCUGUUUCCCACCUCUUGGCUUUCCUACCUGCAUCUCCCAGUCAUAUACAGGAUGAAGGGAAGUGAACAAGAUAAGGGAGAAGAACAUAAAAGAACAAAGAAACUUUAUGUAUAAAAGGGAUGGGUCUUCCACAUCCCAUGGAUUCUAGUUUUUGGGUCCCCUUCUUCCUCAGGGAAGAAGUCUGUUCUAUCCUUUAAAUAAAGCUGCUUGCUUUCUACUUU